AUGAAAUCGAGUCGCACGUCUGGGGAGUGUGAAAUGUCACAUGAGGAAUAUUUGGCCAACCAAUCCUCGUGGAGUGGUGGAGACAGCUUCUUUAUUCCCCCCAAAUGGCGCAAGCAUGUCUUCCGUGUCAUCUUACUAGAUGCAGCUGCAGCUGCACGUGCAGCCGAAGUCGAACCGUCACUCUGCUUAUUGUCAAACGAGACCACAAUGAUCCUCUUCCUAAGCAACGAGUCUGUUUCACCCUAUGUCUCAACGCAGAAUACGUCUAGGUUCGGAAAGCAAUGA